AUGCCAAAUCCCUUGGCCAAAUCCGGGCACGGACAACCGACAAGUCGACCAGAAGCGUUGCAACCUGCAUUAUUGUAUAAUCAUUGGUACUCGCAGUUUGCUGCUGGCCCCCACAUAGAGUCGAUACCACAGUUCGCGAGACACCUUUACAACACUCGCACAACUUACAGUUCUGGCAGAACAACAAGCUUCUCACCUCCAAUCCAUUAAUGGCUUGCUAGUAAGCUGCCCCAAAGUAGCCUGCUGGGCGGAGUAGCAAACUCAUCUGAGUCGACCUCGAGCUCACACGGUUCCAUGUCGCGACAACCUGAAGAACGGACCGUUUGGGCCCAGCUUCCCGCGGCGCAAGCUCGGCUAAUCGCAUCUGCCGCGCUGCUCACUGCGCUCCAGUGCCGCGGAGGCGCCGGACAGCCCUCAUUGCAACCUCUGGCGAGAACCUUCAAACGCCAUCUUUCUCAGCGGAGCGGCCAGCAGCUGUGCUACGCGCACGGGCGGGCGGGAGCGACCGGGGCAGUCGGGGGCCCGACACCAACAUCUCCCGCGCUUUCCGGCAGUAGCACAGGAUCGCCCCUAGCACCCGGCUGGCGCCCUGCCCUCACCGGCAACCCCAGCACUAGCAGUAGCAGUAGCAGCAGCAGCACGGGCGCUGCCAAUGGGCACGGCAUCCGGUUGCCGGGGAGGCCUGGGCAGGGCGGGGCCGUUCCGUCUUCCGGGGCCUCUUGCUCUCCCUCCACAGCCUGCACGCGCCCGGCACUGCACCUAGGCGGCGGCGCGGCCUCCGCAGCCGGCACCUACUCUGCUGGUGUCAUGUGCGCACAGCGCGGCGCUGCCGGAUCACUACGGCCCGGCGCCGCCAGCGGCGGCGGCGGCGGCUUCGGACCCGCUCUGCGGGGCUUUGCCGCCUCCGCGCUGCGCUGCGGCACUGCACGGCCGCAGCUGCCCACGCGCUUCCGCACCUUCUCCACUGACGCACAAACCGCUGCCGCAGUCGGCGCCGCCACCGGCCGCGCGGCCUCCGCCGCGGCCAGCGCCGCCGGCUCUGCCGCCGCCGCGGCGGCCGCCGCCACGCGCGCGCACCUUCACGCCUCCCACGCCUACCUCACUACCAUGCGGGCCCACGUGCGGCACUCGGUGCUGCAGUCCUUGGGACCCUACUGGGGAGGCGGCCUGAGCUGGCGCGCCGUUGUGGCCCUGACGCUGGCGCGGCAGUCGUGUGGCGCGCUGCUGCCCGGCGCCGCCGGCUUCGGCUGCUGGGCCGGCGGCGCCUGCGCCGCCAGCUUCCGCCGGCUCCACUUCUACCUGCUGGCGGCCAUGGGUGCUAUGGGGCAGCAGCACCUGCCGGUGACGCUGGCGCUGACGGUGGCGGAGCUCUGGCGCAGCAGCCGCAUUGCGCGUGCGGACGCGGCGCCGCUGCAGUUCCAGAUUGAGGAGACGCCCGCCACCACGGGGGACGAGCCGGGCAGCCUGGCCUGGUGGCAGGAGCUGCCGCUGCAGAUGGCGGGGCUGCUGGAGAAUUUGGCUCGCAGCGUGUGGCUGCUGCUGCUGUUCGCGCCGGUGCUGCUCACCGCCCCCGUGGCGCUGCAGCUGCAGUGGAAGCGGGCGGAGUGGAUUGAGCUGCUCAGGAAGACGCUGGAGGCGGCGGGCCCGGCCUUCAUCAAGUGGGGGCAGUGGGCGGCCACCCGGCACGACCUGUUCCCGCCCGACAUGUGCGAGGAGCUGGAGAAGCUGCACACACAGGCUCCGGCCCACGCGUUCCGCCACACCAAGGCCGCCAUCGAGGCCGCGUUCGGCGUGCCGCUAUCGGAGCUAUUCACCAGCAUCGAGCAGGCGCCGGUGGCCAGCGGAUCCAUCGGCCAGAUCCACAGGGCCGUGCUCAGCGACCGAGGCGCGGAGCUGGCGGGCAUGGCGCCCGGCACCACAGUGGCCGUCAAGGUGCGGCACCCGGGCGUGGGCGCCGCCAUCCUGCGCGACUUCGCGCUCAUGAUGGCGGUGGCGCACCUGGCGGCGCAGCUGCCCAGCCUCAGCCACUUGCGGCUGGAGCAGACGCUAAGCCAGUUCGCGGCGCCGCUGAGGGAGCAGGUGGACCUGUCGCGCGAGGCCCACAAUCUGCGCCGCUUCAACUAUAACUUCCGCAAGACGCGGCACGUGUUCUUCCCCGUGCCGCUGUACCCACUGGUCACGCCCGACGUGCUGGUGGAGAGCUUCGAGGCGGGCGAGCACAUUACCCACUACAUCCAGGCCGGGGACGGCAACCCCUACAACCACAGGCUGUCGGAGCUGGGCAGCGGCACCAUGCUGCAGAUGAUGCUGGUGGACAACCUGAUCCACUCCGACCUGCACCCCGGCAACAUUCUGGUGCGCCUGGACCCGCCCGGAGGCAUGCUGGGGCUCAUCUACAGGGGCCUGGACCGGCUGCGCGACUCUGCCGGCCUGAGCUCCGCCACACGCGCCCGCAUCGAGCUGCUGCAGCAGCGCUGGCUGCAGCCCAGCCUGGUGCUGCUGGACGUGGGCAUGGCCACCGAGCUGUCGCCCGCGGACCAGGAGAACAUGGUGGGUCUGUUCCGCUCCUUCGCGGCCAUGGACGGCCGCGCCUGCGGCGACUGGACGUUGCGCUUCAGCGGCGCCGGCCAGUCCUGCCCGGACCCCGAGGCGUUCAGGACAGCCAUGCAGAACGCGUUUGACGAGCUGCACAAGAUGGACCUGGCGGCGGCGGGCCAGGCCGACAGCUGCUCCUUUAAGAACGGCGCAGACGCACUGGCGGCAGUGCUGGAGCUGGUGCGCCAACACCAGGUGAGCCUGCCCGGCCACAUCUGUGCGGUGGUGGUGACCACGCUGGUGCUGGAGGGCUGGAGCAACAAGCUCGACCCCGACCACUCCGUGCUCACACAGGUGCAGCACAUGUUUGAGCCGGAGAAUGUGCCCUGGAGCCACCGCAUCACCUCGUUGGUGGACAAGGUGAUGGAGGAGGAGGCCAACCACCUGGCACUGGCCUAGGGGGACAGGAGGACAGGAGGACAGGGGGGCACGUGGUGUGUAGGUGGUGAGUGAGCGGCUGGCGGAGGAGGGAGCUGUGAAUGUGUGUGUGUGUGUGUGUGUGUGUGUGUGUGUGUGUGUGUGUUUUUGUGUCUAUGUGGGAGGCGGAGAGAACCGGGAGGGGCGUUGGAUGAGCCUAGAGCACUGUGUAUGUGGUUCGAGGGUGCCUGCCUGUGUUGGGUGGGGCACUGGCUGCGGGUACGAGGGGCGCUGCAUGGCACACGGGUGCUUAUGUGGUGGGCGUUCGAGUUACGAAAUUAUGCCUGAGGGUCAUGGAGUGCGUCGGAACGGAAGGGCACUACAAAAAGUACAAUGCAUGGUGCAAGUGUGCUCGCGGGGGUGGUAAAGGUUUGCCAGAAGCAGGAGUUUAAGGUUUGGUCAGCGCAGUAUUCGUUGUUGUACUGUAAGGCUGUUGUACGCCAGCCUAUCAGAGCUGCGCGUGUAGCGCUCGUGUGUUCGGCCAAGUGUUCGGCUUGGGAAUGGUCGCCGAAGUUUCGAUGCGAUGGGAGCGAUGAUGUGGGUGCGUGCUGUGGGAGCGGUGUGGCAUAGCAGAAAGCGAAGUGGCGUUACCGCACUGCCAGCCGCGAUGGGGAACAGAAGUACGGUACAUACAGCCGCAACUGGCCCACCAGUUUCAGGAAGGUUUGUUGCUAGAACCAGGUAUAAAUGUGCUAACGGUUGCGUUCAGAUGUGUGUGGGCAUGUCAACGAGGACACGUGCCAAGUUUUGGAGUUGCCCCAGUACAUGGGCACGAGGGGCUACAUGCUGGCUGUAACAAGUUGGUGCA